UUUGUAUAUCCCACACCGAAAACAAUCAUCAGCUACGGUGGUAUAUAUCUAGAAAAAUGCAGAGCCCUCUUGAUAAAUUUGUGUUUCUCUUUGCCAUGAUGUUUCUGUUAACCCUAAUAACCUCCAGUAUUACUACUGCUGCUUUUUCGGACGACCCAGGAGCAGGAAUCGGUGGACGGAUUGGUGGCAGUCCACUAGAAGGACGUACUAAAACCGGUCCACCAGGAGGCCGUAAAGGUGGUACGCCUAAAUCUGAUGAUGGAGGACCGGGAGAUGACGGCUCGUCGUCAGGAAAUGUGCCGCCUGACGUUGGGGGAGGGACUGGCGACGCCGGAGGAGGCGACGACAGUGGUGGUAGUGAUCCUGAUGCCGUCCCUCCGGGUAGUGCGCCGCCUCCGCCCAAUGAAGUGCCAAUUGGCGACAACAGUGGUAGCAUUGUGCUGCCGCCGAAUGGAGACGGAGGCGUGCCACUUGGCGAUGGUCCGACGCGGCCGAGCUAUGAUUACUCAUCCAAAGUGCCAAAUGUGGAAGGAGGAGGAGGAGGAGGACAAGGGGUACCUUUUACUAGUGAGAAUGAUUUCCAAGCAAUUAGUGGCAGUUGUAGCUCCAUAUGGUUAUCUAAAAAUGCAUGGCCACCUACUCUGUCCCUCAUCAUCUUCAUCAUGGUCGUAUAUUUUUCGACUCCUUAAGAAUAUAUACACGAUACUGGAUAAUAUAUUAUCGUUCUAUUCUGUCUUAUUAGAUUUCUGAGAGGUCCAAACAUCGAAUUUCAUAAUAUUGAAUUUGUAGGGGUGGAUUUUUUUCGAAAUUUAAAUAGGGCCUGUAUGGGUGGG